AUGCUCGCCGUAGUCUUCGACGGUCCUCACAAGGUCUCCGUUCAGGAGCGACCGAUCCCGAAAAUCCGGGACGAUGAAGAUAUUAUCGUCAAGGUCAGCGCCUCUGGUCUCUGUGGCUCAGAAUUGCAUACUUUCCGCGGCCUAGAAAAGCAAGAGCCCGGCUUCAUCAUGGGCCAUGAGUUUACCGGAACUGUGACGGAAGUCGGCGCUGCGGUAAAGACCGUCAAGGUCGGAGAUAAGAUCGUGACUCCCUUCACCACCUCAUGCUUAAAGUGCUUCUAUUGUCGAAAUGGCUUCACCUCCCGCUGCGAAAAGAGCAUCCUCUUCGGUAGCGGUGCCCUCGACGGCGGCCAAGCCGAAUAUGUCCGCGUCCCCUUCGCCGACGGCACCGUCGUCAAAGCCCCCAGCACCAUCUCCGACAAGGCCCUCGUCCUCAUGGCCGACAUCUUCCCCACGGGCUUCUUCGGCGCCAAGUCCGCCUGGCAGCUCCUCCCCAUGAAGGAGAAGGAUGACGUCACUGCCGUCGUGAUCGGUUGCGGGCCCGUCGGGCUCUGCGCCAUCAUCGCUGCUUUGGAGUAUAAGCCUAAGCACUUCUUCGCCAUCGACGCUGUUGAUAGCAGGCUGGAGAUCGCUAAGAAGCUGGGCGCUGAGCCACUGAACUUCAAGACUGAUCCCGAGGGCAUGAAGAAGAGAAUUCUGGAGGUGACGGAGGGUCGUGGGGCGGAUUUGGUUAUUGAGGUUGUUGGUCUUAGUCCUGCGCUGAGGACGGCGUUUGAUCUUAUCCGGCCUUGGGGUGUUAUCAGCAGCAUUGGUGUCCACAAUGCUGAGAUCCCCUUCAACGGACAUGAAGGAUACGGCAAAAAUGUCCGCCUUCAGAUGGGCCGUUGCCCUGUCCGAGCGAUAUUCGAUGAGGCCCUCGCUCUUCUCGAGAAGAGGCAAGACAAGCUUGAGUUCAUGUUCGACAAGAUGAUGCCGCUUUCCGAAGCUGUCGAGGGAUACAGGUUAUUCAAUGCCAUGGAGGCGUACAAGGUGAUUUUCACGCUAUAG